UGUUUCUAACUUCAAAGCCUCUGCAAUAUCAGACUCAAUCUUUUUCAUCUCUUUUAAAUUUAUUAGGUGCCAAGAUACUUCAAAAGGUCAAUCUUGACUUUGAGUAUUGAGAUUUGUGAGAAUGGAAAUGUCUAGAGUCGCUGUGUUGGCCAUCUUUGUUGUGGCAUUGGCCACUGUCAUCCCCUUUGCACAAUCUCAGGAAUUUGCACCUGCUCCUGCACCUGCCAGUGAUGGAACAGCAGUUGAUCAAGGGAUUGCAUAUGUGCUGAUGCUGGUGGCUUUAGUUCUGACCUAUCUUAUCCACCCUAUGGAUGCUUCUGCCUACACCUUCUUCUAAAUUCCUCUCAGAAUAUUAUAUAGAAUUAGGUCUAAGUUUCUUUCUUUUUUGUUAAUCUUUUAGUUUGUAAUGUGAGAGGAAAUUAGACAGUUUAAACAGGCUUUGUGUUCACCCUUCAUUUGGAUGUUUUAACCAAUUCAUUCAUGUCUUAUUGGUACUUAAUAAGAUAAUUCCAUAUAUUGGUGUUGCA